CGCUCCUGAGGUGACGGGGCAAGAGGUCACCAAGAGGCAUCAUGAAACUUGUUCUGUUUUAAUCAGGGCCUUGGGACGCUCCAGAAAGGUGAGCAGGAAGGCGAAGACACGCCUCCCCCGCGUGUAUAAAUGCAGCUGCGAUCGAUUGUCUGACAGAAUCAGCUCACCACCGCCUCUCAACAUGCAGCUCGCUCUCCUCGUGUGCCUGGCGGCCGCCGCCACUGCCGCCCCGCAGUUCGGACGCUUCUGGCGUCCUUACUACGACGGCAAGCACAUCGCCAUCCUGUCGCAGUCUCAGGAGGGUCCUGAUGGACCCAGGUUCCGCUACGCGUUCCAGACGGAGAACGGCAUCAACGUGCAGGCGAGGGGCACUCCUGGAUCCAAGGGCCAGAGCAACAUCGACGGCAGCUUCAGCUUCCCUUCCCUGAGGGAGGCACCGGCAGUGUCACCUACGUGGCUGACGAAAAUGGCUACCGCCCAGAGUCCCCGCUCAUCCCCACGCCUCACCCGCUCCCCGCCCACGCCAUCGAGCAGAUCCGCUUCGCCGAGAGCCAGCGCAGGUUUGGCUGAGGCGCCUUCCCACUGCCGAUCCCGUCCACGCCCCGACGCGCACUCUGACGAACACCGGUUACGAACAUCUGGUUACGAUGACCACGAAUCACUCAUCAGAAAGUGUCCAGCCAGGAUAACCUAACCAGACAUAUCGUCAGACUAAUAAAGACAGAGCAGAUCAA